ACUCCUCCAUGGCCAAUGCCUUGCGCCGCGUCAUGAUCGCGGAGGUCCCGACCAUCGCCAUCGACCUGGUCGAAAUCGAGGUCAACUCCUCUGUUCUCAACGACGAGUUUAUCGCUCAUCGCCUCGGUCUCAUCCCGCUCACCAGCGAACGCGCCAUGUCCAUGCGAUUCUCGCGUGAUUGCGACGCAUGCGACGGUGACGGCCAAUGCGAGUUCUGCUCUGUUGAGUUUCAUCUGCGGGCCAAAUGCAUGACUGAUCAGACGCUAGAUGUUACGAGCAAGGAUCUGUAUAGUUCGGAUCAUACUGUGGUUCCCGUCGAUUUCACGGAGUCGGCUGGGUACGACUCGCCUGAGCAGAGGGGAAUAAUAAUUGUUAAGUUACGCCGUGGACAAGAAUUGAGGCUGAGGGCAAUAGCCAGAAAAGGCAUUGGGAAAGACCAUGCAAAAUGGUCACCUGCUGCAACUGUGACCUUCAUGUACGAACCUGAGAUCUAUAUAAAUGAAGAUAUGAUGGAAACACUUACACUUGAAGAGAAAAUGAAUUUAGUUGAGAGUAGUCCUACCAAAGUCUUUGACAUUGAUCCUAAUACCCAACAGGUUGUAGUGGUCGAUCCAGAAGCAUAUACCUAUGAUGAUGAAGUGUUAAAGAAAGUAGAAGCCAUGGGUAAGCCUGGGCUUAUUGAGAUACACGCAAAAGAAGACAGUUUCAUUUUCACUGUUGAAUCUACUGGUGCAAUUAAAGCUUCUCAGUUGUUACUUAAUGCCAUAGAAGUCCUCAAACAAAAGCUUGAUGCUGUUCGCCUGUCCGAGGAUACUGUGGAAGCUGAUGAUCAAUUUGGUGAACUCGGUGCUCAUAUGCGAGGAGGAUGAUCACUAUUAAGCAGAACUUGAUCGACUGAGCCGUGGUGGGGCGAGAAAUGUUAAUGCACUAACUUAAUUUCCUUUUUAAUGUACUUCAGAUGUUAAUUUGUUUUCUGCUUAGUGUGAUUCUGGCUCUGUUUCAUCUAAUUAACUACCGUCAUUGUAGCAGAACCCUGGAACUCAUUCGGAGACGUGCUACCUGUCGGCAUUGGUUAGCAUAAGUUUUGGCUUGUAUUGUAUCACUUGUUUUACCUAUGCCAAAAGCUAUAAUCUCUUUGAGGUUGCAUAGAUGUUUAGGGUGCAAUGUUUUUUAGGCAUGCGCUUUAGUAAUAAUAGGUUGUUUAAGGUUAAGGGAGAAAUAAAUACGCAUUUUCCAC